GGUUAAAAGAAGAUCAAUUUGAAGCUAAGGGUUUUAGGGUUUACAGAGUGGUUUCAAUUUGGGGAAGAAGAAGAAGAAGGCUAAAAAGGGGAAAUUUCAAUUGAAGGUAGCCAUGAGAGGAGGAGGGAGGAAGAAUUUGAAAAGGGCUAUUGAGGAAGAGAAUUUUACCCUUGAACUAGGUCAAAGCGUUAUGCAGGUUGUGGACCUUCGAGGUUCCAAUCUUAUUCAAGUAAUGGACGCUAAAGGUGAAAAUUCCUUAGCAAUAUUUCCAGCUAAAUUCCAGAAGAGCAUGUGGAUAAAACGAGGCAACUUUGUUGUGGUUGAUGAGAGCGGGCGAGAGGAAGCUGUUGAAUCAGGCAGAAAAGUAGGAUGUGUUGUUACGAAAGUACUCUAUUAUGAACAAGUUCGCGUGCUUCAGAAGUCUGCAGAAUGGCCGGAGAUCUUCAAAUCCAUAGCAGUAGAGAGCUCAAAGCAAGAUCUAGUGUCACAAAUCGAAGAGAAUGAAGACUCAAGUGAUGAUGAUGGACUUCCUCCACUAGAAGCCAAUACAAACAGAGUAAAUCCUUUUCAGCUGGAGACGGAAUCUGAUUCAGAUACUGAUUCUUGAUCAUGGCAUUAUAAUUGAUACCUUCUUUUUGUGGAUAAAACGACUAAGAGUGAAAACAUUGUUGUGUUUGAAGGCGCUAUUAAAAUUUUGGAAUCUGUAAGAAGAUUGUUGAUAUGCCAAGCAAUUUGUAAAUUCGUUUUGAUUUUUGCAGUUUUUGUUUCCUAAUAUGCUAUGUAUGAUCUUUUGUUUACUUCAUCUUGAAAAUAACAGUCUGCUUCUCAUACAUA